CAGACUGAAAACCACCCGACCAGCGUGUCGUCGCCGGAUCGCCACCAGCGGGGCGCGGGAUCGUAGUAAUAGUCGUCUUCAUCAUCAACGCCGUAGUAAAUUAUUGUAACCGUUUAAGAAGAAUCGUGUGAUUUUCGUGUGAUUUAUUUUAUGUUUUGUUUGAGUUCAGUUAUUCUAAGUAUUUUAURUUUUUUGAAAUACAUAUAUUAUAAUACGUCGUCGUGUCGGUAAUUUAUUAUUUUGAUUCGUUUAACUAUAGGGAAACCGUCGAUCGCUGCACUGCCGAUAGGUAGAUAAUAUUUCGAUAUAAUUAUAUUAUUCUUCGACGUUGGCCACGACGACAAUGACGGUGGACGAGAUGAACUCGACCGUCACAAUGUGAUCGACGACCGCAACAAGAAUCGCAAAGGGGAGACUACCACGUUUUAUGGAGACGCGUGGUUGUCCGUUAUCGGACCGGUGCUAAACAACCGAUAGCCGCACUGCAACUACAGCCGUCAUGUUUGCGGUCACGUGGCUGCUGUUGGCCGCGGCCGCUGGUGUGGCGAUGGCCAGCGAGUACCCCGAACGCGAAUGCUGUGAUCCCGUCAACCCACCACCGGCGUCCAUGUCAGCGACGCCCGACAAUGCGGCGGCCGCUGGCCACGAAGUCGCGCCGCCCACAGCCACCUCAAUUGACGGACAUCGGGAAGAUAAAACGCCWACGGGAAGUCUGAAUUGUUUGUUGGCGCGAUCUUUAUGUAACGAAGAUCCAUCAUGUUUUAAAAUUAUAAACCUCAUUCCAAGUCUAUGUGGAAACGAAAUAG